AUGGAAGGGAAUUUUUCAUCUGGAAGUAUGAUGCAAGGAAAUGGUUCUUACAUAGACUUUGACUUACGAGGGCCAAUGAGAGUUCAUCAUGGCCAACAACAUGCUCUUGCACUUCACCAACAGCAGCAUCAGCCUCAUCCUGGACAAGGAUCAUCGACAGUUCAUCCCACUAUUCAUGCGAGUUUUCCCCUCACGAUAGGACAGAUGCAAGAUUGCGACAAAACUGUUUCCCGGGCAGACUACAGUAAAAGGGAGAGGGGAAAAUCUGCAAGUGAUGAGGAUGAGCAAACUUGUAUGGAAGAAAAUGAUCUGAGCAAGGGGAAGAAGGCUUCUCCAUGGCAGCGUGUGAAAUGGACCGACACUAUGGUCAGAUUGUUGAUUACAUCCGUUUCUUACAUUAGCGAGGAAGCAGCUUCGGAAUAUGGUGGUGGUGUGAGAAGGAAAUGUGCAAAUUUACAGAAAAAAGGCAAGUGGAAGUUGGUUUCAAAAGUCAUGGCUCAAAGGGGUCAUUUUGUUUCACCUCAGCAAUGUGAAGAUAAAUUCAAUGACCUUAACAAGAGGUAUAAGAGACUCAAUGAGAUCCUUGGGAGAGGAACUUCUUGUGAGGUUGUUGAGAAUCCAGUGCUAUUAGACAUGAUGGAUCACAUCUCAGCUAAAGCAAAAGAAGAGGUUCGGAAAAUUCUAAGCUCAAAGCAUUUGCACUACGAAGAGAUGUGUUCUUACCAUAAUGGGAAUCGGUUGCAUCUUCCCCCUGAUCCUGAGUUGCAACGUUCUUUACGCUUAGCCCUUAGAAGUAGGGAUAAUGAGGAUGAGGAUGUGAAAAGGCAUACACAAGAUGAUGAUGAAGUUGAUGAAGAAAUUGAAUUGGAUGGACGAGAUGAAUCCGAGGAGAAUCCCGUUAUGUUUGGGGAUCACAGGGCAUAUAAGACGUCAGGGAGUUCUGCAAAGAGGAUAAAACAAUGUCAUAAUCAUGAAGAAUUCAGUUUUGGAAAUUCUUUGAAUUCUUUGGACUGCAACAGAACUUCCAAUAUCCAGCAAGAAAAUGCAGAUGCUGAUAUAAAUCAAGUGCAACCUGAAGGCAUGAAAGAAAACAUGAUGCAAAAGCAGUGGAUAAAUCAGCAUACUCUUCAAUUAGAAGAAAAAAGGCUUCAUAUUCAAGCACAGAUGUUGGAACUGGAGAAAGAGCGGUUCAAAUGGCAGAGAUUUUGCUGGGAAAAGGACAGAGAAUUGGAGAUGACGAGGUUGGAAAUCGAGAAGAUGAAACUUGAGAAUCAGCGGAUGGCUUUUGAGUUGAGGCAAAAGGAAAUUGGUUUUGACAAUAUGUAA